GGUUGACCAACAUUUAGAUUAUGGGUCACUGAUUUAAUUAUAGACCAGGGACACCUGUCCUUGUCAGUACCACUGUGAUUGUAGUAAAGCCUCAACAGAGUUUGAAAAUAAAAGUUGGGAGAGGAAAAUCAUACAAAUGUGUAGUUUCAAAGUAGCAUGUUUUUCAAUCAACUAUGAGUAAUCUACAGGAUAGUAGUGCUCCUGCCACUCCAUCUGUGAAAGACUUGGUGAAGGUUUUGUAUGGAGGGAAAAGGUUUGGUAACCAUGUGGAUGAAGUUUGGCCUAACCUAUUCAUUGGUGACAUGUCAGUGGCCAACGACCGCUACAGUCUGUGGAAGCUGGGAAUCACUCAUGUUGUGAAUGCAGCUCAUGGGAGGAUGCACUGUCAGGGGAGUCAUGACUUCUAUGGCUCCACUGUGGAUUAUUAUGGAGUGCCUGCAGAUGACUCACCGUCCUUUGACCUCUCUCGCUAUUUCUUUCCCUCUGCCGAGUAUAUUCAGAGUGCACUUGACACGGCUGGUGCUCGGGUGUUUGUCCACUGUGCGGUCGGAGUGAGCCGGUCUGCCUCCCUCGUCCUGGCCUACCUGAUGAUCCACCACCAUUACUCCCUGCUAGAGACAAUCAAUAAGGUCAAAGAGCACAGAUGGAUUUUCCCAAACACAGGAUUCCUCAAACAGCUCCGUGCUUUGGAUAUGAAACUACGCAAGACAUCAUGAGUAAAUCCUCUGCACCUCAAUAGAUUUUCUAAAUUGAAGAACCUCAAACGGCUGUUUUCCUCAAGACGAAUGAAGAAAACAGCGUCUGCCAGUGGAGGGAGAUACUGUACUUUGACCUUAAUCAGCUUGUUUCUGGAGAGGUAUUGAAUCUAUUGACCCUGGUGCUGCGUUUAAUGUGAAUCAUGCAGCUGGUUCGCAGGAUAUUGACCCUUAUAUUAGUAGGAGAUCAAUGUAAUCAACUCACCCUCAGGCAGAAUCCAUUUUACGACCGAAUAUGAGACAAAAUUAUUCAUUUAACCUCUGUUCUACGCUGAAGAAAAUGUACUCCCACUGUGUUGUGUAUUCACUUUAAAACAUCAUGAAGAAAUCAAUAGAUGGUUUAUAACACAGUAGUUGUAAGCAGAGUUAAGUACAAUUUAAAGUGAUUAUCAAUGUAAGUAUACGUCACCAUAUGAAGCAGCCAUAACUGGUGGGUAAAGCUUGACAACAUAACAGUUGUAAUCCUAUAUAAUAACAUGUCUUCAUGAGUUUUUAACAUUUAUUAACAGUUUUAAACACAUAGUUAAUGCUUUAUAACAGGCUGUAAGGAUUUGUUCGAGUGUGUAAACUACUGCAUUAGCAUUAUAUAAGAUUCUGAGUUGCCAGGCACAUUUAUAAACAAAAUUUAAAAUGUAAUAUUAUUUGGGAAAAUUUAUUAAAUUAAGGGAUUUAGUAUUCUCCACCACUAUUAGACUUUGCAACAGCAUUUACACCUAAAUGUUGGGAGAUAAAAACUUAAUUUUUAAAUUUAUUUAAAACAUAAUUUAACAGUUUGUGAAUAAACAUAUUGUGUAAUUUUGUGAUUUAUUCUUAAUCCUCAGAAAAACACGUUUUCUUUUGCUGCCUUCUAUUCAAUUUCUUAGAUGUGUUGAGUUGGGAUAGAAUUUGUACUCAUGACCUCAGUAUUUCUAAAAUCAUGGCCGACCCUGCCCUCAGAUUCUUAAGACCAUGAAAAACCAGUAAUCAGUGCCAGUUCAGUGGUAUUAUGUUGUGCACAAUUGCUAUUGUCAAGGAAUAACUGUCAAGAUUAUUUUCAUAAUUUACACACUGUUC